GUCCGGAGGAACGGAAGUGAUCCCAAACGGGGGCGGUACCCGGCAGAAGGAGAGAGUUGCGCUAAUGCGGGCCCCCGCUGCUGUUGCCGGGGUUGCAAAAGGGCUGUGGGCGUGUUGAGGCGGGAAUGGAGGCAUUGUCUCUGAUUCUGUUAUGAUAUAAUAAUGUUCAGGAAAGGGAAAAAGCGGCAUAGUAGCAGCAGUUCCCAAAGCAGUGAAAUAAGCACUAAAAGCAAGUCUGUAGAUUCUAGUCUUGGUGGCCUUUCUAGAUCUAGUACUGUUGCUAGUCUAGAUACAGACUCCACAAAAAGUUCAGGUCAAAGUAACAGCAAUUCAGACACUUGUGCAGAAUUUAGAAUUAAAUACGUCGGUGCUAUUGAAAAACUGAAGCUCGAUGAAAGCAAGGCUUUGGAGGGGCCGCUGGACUUGAUAAAUUACAUAGAUGUGGCACAACAAGAUGGAAGAUUACCCUUCGUGCCAGGGGAAGAAGAAUUUAUAAUGGGUGUUUCCAAAUAUGGUAUUAAAGUCACAACUUUAGAUCAGUAUGAUGUCUUGCAUAGACACGUACUCUACCUCAUUGUGCAGAUGGUCUGUUAUGAUGAUGGCCUCGGGGCCGGGAAGAGUUUACUGGCUCUGAAGACGACAGAUGCAAACUAUGACGAAUACAACCUUUGGAUAUACCAGUGUAAUAGUCUGGAACAAGCACAAGCCAUUUGUAAGGUAUUAUCGGCAGCGUUUGAUUCAUAGCCUUCUUUAACGCCUGAAAAGCUCCCUUGGAAUCUCUAACCAGCUCCAUUCUCUACAUUGAGAGGGAAGUACCACUUGCCGUGACUGUACAGCAAAUGGAAACCAAAGCCAGUAUUUUUGAGUGGGACAAGUGUGAACUUUGAACCCUUUUAAAAACUGCUUGAAUACUGUUCAAAGGAAAAGGCUUUGUGCUGCUUUUUGUAAAUGAAGCUUGCUUGCUGAAACCUGUGUGGUAGAGAAACAGCAACUCAGCCAGAGUUCAUGGGGUGAUUUCAGGCCAGUCGUUCUCUUGAUCAACCAAACCUACCUCACAGGGUGGUUUGUGAAAAAGGGGGAGGGGGACCAGGUAUGGUGCCUUGAGCUCCUUGGAAGAAGGGGAAGGGGGGUAAAGUUAUAAUAAGAGCACAGUAUGGUCAUGCUCGGUCUCAUAAAUGAUAUUAAUAUCAAACCUUAAUUUUACUAAUUUUUUUUGUAUAUGUUAAUAAAAAAAGCUGAACAUAA